AUGCCACUGAACAAGACCUGUUCUUUUGAUUCACUUAGAUAUCCGCUUCAUGAUCUCGAUAGUAAUUCAUUAAAUCCAUGCUUUAUUUAUUCGGUUAAUUUUAUAUCUACUUUUUCAUUGGGAUGCUUUGUUUUGUUUCAGUUGUACAAAUUGAUUUACAAAAAUCAUCAUGGUCCAUUCCCAAUUAACUAUGGAUUUGGAUCUCCAUUCAAAUUGAAAAGUGUCGGUACUUAUCAAUUUUUAAAGUUGGGAUUCCUUUUCACUUAUUCCUUACUUUUGCUAGUUUUGCUUUUCAUGAACUUCAUUCCAUCAUUAUCGUCAUUGAAAUCAUUGAACUUAGCACUUAGCUUCAUAAUCUGCACCUUUAUUGUUUUACCACUUCAUAUUAUUGAGCCUACUAGAAGUGUCGUUGGAUGUGCGUCCUUGUUAUUAUAUUGGAUGGCAUCAAUCUUAUUUAAUGGUGUCAUUUUGAUUCAGGAUAUUUUCUUCGUUAACAAAGUAUAUAUUUCGGCAACUAAUACCUCUUCAACCUCUAUAGGAUAUGUUAUUGAGAUCUGUCUCUUUGUAGCUUCAUUGGUGAUUUUCUACUUAGAAUCUGCAUUAUUUGAACCAAGUCGUGAGUUUCUUCAAUAUUAUGAUCUAAAUCAUUGGGAAGUCUCUUCAGUGAGAAACAUGAUUUCUGUUGUCAGUUUCAGUUGGCUUGAGGAAUUAAUUCAGGAUAUAUACGAGACUGAAACAUUGGAAACUGAUGAAAUCCCAGCUUUGCCCAUUGAGUUGACUACUCAUGUCUCGUAUUUCAGAUUGGAAGAUAAGUUAACAUAUCUUAAAAACAAGUAUCAGAAGAAGGUAAAAUUGGGAGAUACUAAAUCACAAGUGUCCUUGUUUUAUGCUUUAUUCCUUGUUCACAGAUUUGAUUUUGCUAAAUCGCUUGUCAUGGAUUUACUGGAAAUGUCAUUAGGCUUUGCUCAAGCAUUCUUGUUCCAACGAUUUAUUGAAUUUUUUAGUGCCAGUUCAGGCUCAGAAGAAAGUUUGGAAAUAGAAAGUGAACCUCCUAUAGUUGGAUUUUCUAUUGCUACAGGUAUAUUUUUAUGUUCUGUUGGUAGAUUUGUUUGCCUUAAUCUUUACUUUUUUAAUUAUUUUGCUGUUAAAGCUAAACUUCAGGGGUCAUUGUCUAAUAUGAUAUUUAGAAAAGCUCUAAAAUUAUCACCGGAAGCAAGAAAAAUAAAGUCAACGGGAGAAGUAGUUAAUAAUUUAUCGGUAGAUGUAAAUACUAUAUCAGAAAUGCCAAGAUUUGUUGAACUUGCGACAGCUCCCAUUAAAUUAUUACUCACUUUAGCUGCCUUGUACAAAAUUAUUGGGAUUGCUUCAAUCGCAGGAUUUUUUGCAGCCUGUAUCUUAGUUCCUGCAAGUAGUAAAGUAAGUGCUUCAAUGAUGGGGUAUAUUAAAAAAAAUAUGGUAGUUAAAGAUUCAAGGACUAAGUUAACUUCUGAGAUAUUAACAACUAUAAAGAGUAUAAAAUUAUACUCAUGGGAAAAUCCUAUGUUACAAAGAUUAUUUCGCUUAAGAAAUGAUUCAGAAUUGGUUCUUCAAAAGAAGAUUGGACUUUUAAAUUCUAUUGCUAUGUAUAUGUGGACUAUCAUUCCAAUAUUUGUACCAUUUUCAUGUUUGGUGACUUAUUCAAUUGUUUCCAAGGUUGCAUUGGUUCCAGCUAUUUGUUUCCCAGCUUUAACUCUUUUUGAUAUUUUAGCCAAACCUAUCUUAUUGGUUCCUGAACUUUUUAAUUCUUUUGUCAAUACUAAAGUAUCUUUAAAGAGAUUGCGUGACUUGAUUGAUUUGUCUGAAUUGGAUGAAAACAUAGUCGAACAAACUAACGAAUCUUUGAAAUUAGGUGAUACUUCGGUCAUUGUUGAAAAUACUACAUUUUUGUGGAGUGAUCCUAAAGAAGUAAAUUCUUUUGUAGAAGAGAAUGUGGAGUCUGAAAGUGAAUCGAAAAUUGCAUUAUCUGACAUUAAUUUUGAAGCUAAGAAAGGUCAAUUGACAUGUAUUGUUGGAAAAGUGGGAUCAGGAAAGUCGACACUUUUGAGAGGAUUACUAGGAGAAUUGCCAAUACUUCAAAAGGAAUAUUCUAUUCUUAAAGUUAAUGGUAAUAUUGCCUAUUGUUCUCAAGCUCCCUGGAUUCUUAAUUGUUCAGUUAGGGAAAAUAUUCUUUUCGGUUAUAGAUAUGAUAAAACUUUUUAUGCUAGAACAGUUGAAGCAUGUCAAUUGUUACCUGAUUUUGAUAUCAUACCAGAUGGAGAUAGAACAAUUGUUGGUGAGAAAGGUAUAUCAUUAAGUGGUGGACAAAAGGCAAGAAUUGCUCUUGCAAGAGCUGUAUAUUCCCGAGCAGAUAUUUAUUUAUUAGAUGAUGUGUUAUCAGCAGUAGAUGCUCAUGUUGGGAAAAAUAUUAUUGAUCAAGUAUUAGGUAAAAAUGGUAUUAUAUCUUCCAAAACUGUUAUUUUAGCAACUAAUGCAGUUAAAGUCUUACAUGAAGCUGAUAAUAUUGUUUUGUUAAAAAAUGGUAAAAUUGUUGAAGAUGGUAAUUACGAAUCUGUGAUGAAAAGAGGAGACGAGUUAGCUGAAUUAAUAAAAGAAUUUGGACAGAAAGAAGCUGAAAUUGAAGAGAACAGUGGAAUUGUAUCAUCCAUAGUUAGAGAAGAAGAAAAUGCAUCAGUAAAUUCAACUUUAACAGAGAAUAAUAUUGCCAUUUUAGAUGCUAAAAAUGCAUCUGAAGUAAUUAAUGUUGCGGAAGUGGACGUGCCCUUAGACACGGUAGAGUCCAUCACAAGUCUUAGACGUUCAAGCAUUGCCUCAUUUGAUCAUGAUUAUGAUCAAGAUGAAGAUCCAUCAGCAGUAAGAAAGACAGCGCAUGUUAUUGAAAAGGGUGCAAAGGGUCAAGUUAAACUUGGUGUUUAUUGGGCUUAUUUCAAAGCAAGUAAUCCUUGGUAUCUUUUGAUUGUGGCCAUUUGUAUCAUUUUAAAUGAAUUGGGAGCUAUUAUGGCUAAAUAUACCUUAAAAUCUUGGUCUCAAAACAAUUUAGAUGUUGGUGAAACUACUAGAUCACAAUUUUAUUUGACUUCCUAUGGACUUAUUGGCUUUAUUGGUGCACUUUUUACAUUAGCUGCGUCACUUAUAAUAAGAACUGUGACUGGUAUCAGAGCUUCUAAAUAUUUUCAUGAUACUAUGGCUAAGCGAGUCUUAAGAUCACCAAUGUCUUUCUUUGAAACAACUCCUGUUGGUAGAAUAUUGAAUAGAUUCUCUGAAGAUAUUAAUGUGGUAGAUACUUUUCUUACUCAAUUAUGGUUGGGGGUAUUCCAUUUUGGUACAAAUACUUUUGGAGCAUCAGGUGUCAUUGUGUUUAAUUUUCCACUUAUGACUUUUGUGUUAUUGGUUCUUCUUUAUUUCUUUAAUAGACUCCGUCUUUACUUCAUUCCAGCAAGUAGAGAACUUAAAAGAUUGUCAAGUGCUCAUAGAAGUCCAGUUUUUGCUUAUCUUCAAGAAUCUUCUACUGGUAUUGAAACUAUUAGAGCUUAUGAUCAGAUACAAAGAUUUGUUUCAUUUAAUGAGAUUAAAUUGGAUAGAUUGAAUAAUGCUACUUUUGCCAGUUUGUGUUGUGCUAGAUGGUUAAGUAUGAGAUUGCAAGCAAUUUCUGCUGUUAUGAUCUACGCCACAACUUUAAUGAUUUUAUCAACUUUGGGAACAUCUAGAAAGUUAGAUCCAGGAUUAGUGGGAUUUGUUAUGGUUAAUGUUUUGGGUAUUACUGGAUCUCUUAAUGCAAUGAUUAGGCUUUGGGCUGAAGUUGAAACUAGAUCAGUAUCUGUUGAAAGACUCCUUGAAUACUGUGAACUUCCACAAGAAGCUCCAUUAGUAAUUAAUGAAACUAGGCCACGUGAAUCAUGGCCAGAAGCUGGAAAGAUUGUUUUCAAAAAUUACUCUACUAAAUAUAGAGAUAAUUUAGAUCCAGUUUUAAAGGAUUUGAACAUCGAGAUUCAACCCAAGGAAAAAAUUGGGAUAGUUGGUAGAACUGGAGCUGGUAAAUCAACUAUUGCUAUAUCUAUAUUCCGUAUUAUUGAACCUUCAGGAGGUUAUAUUGAGAUUGAUGGCGUUGACACAAGUUCUAUUGGAUUGUAUGAUUUGCGUCAUAAAUUGAACAUCAUACCUCAGGAUGCACAAACUAUUGAGGGUAGUAUUAGAGAGAAUCUUGAUCCUUUCAAUAUUCACAGCGAUGAAGAACUUUGGAAUGUAUUAGAGAUGGCACACUUAAAGGAGCAUAUUGAACAAAUGAAGACUAAUAAAGAAGAAAAGAAAGGGCCAGCUGUGACAAGUGUAUCUGAUCCUUUAGAAUUGGCACAGUAUAAUAUUGGAUUAGAAGCUACAGUUUUUGAAAGUGGAUCUAAUUUAUCAGCAGGUCAGAAGCAAUUACUAUCACUUGCUAGAGCUUUAUUAAAUAAAUCUCAAAUCUUAAUCUUAGAUGAAGCUACUGCAGCUGUGGAUGUUCAAACAGACAAGAUCAUCCAAGAAACAAUUAGAACGAGAUUUAAAGAUAAAACUAUUUUAACUAUUGCUCAUCGUUUGGAAACUAUUCUUGAUAGUGACAGAGUAUUAGUACUUGAUCAGGGUCAAGUUAGAGAGUUUGAUACACCCAAAAACUUGUUGAAGGAUGAAACUUCUGAGUUUUAUGCUUUAUGUAAAAAGGGUGGAUAUCUUAAUAUGUUAGAUGUAGACGAACUCUAG